AUGGCCGAGCCGCUUUCCCCGCUUGCGGCUGCCCACUCGCGGCGCCCGAGUCACCGACAUGUGGAGGUCGGCGGCAAAGCAAGACCGCUUUCUCCUCUGACUUUGGCGCACAGCCGACAUGCAGAAGCACAUCAACCUUUCUCCAGAAUGAAUUCGACUAGCAGCGCAGGCUCUCAGGAAGGCCGCGCAAUGUCGCCAAAGUCGUUGGCACAUGCUGCUGACCAUCCAGCUUCAACGAGGCCAGGACCCGACCGGCGAGCGUCUACAGAUUCUGGGCCCCGAGCGCUGUCUCCACUGUCGCACUUGCACAGCAAGUUGCACACCCUGGAGCACUCUGGAGACAGGCCGUCCCAUUGUGAGGUGAAUGUCAACAUAGAUGACAAUGGAUGGGUCAACGUGACCGAUCUGUUGCAUUCUGACAUUCUGGGUGGCACCACAGAGGAUAAGCUUUUAGCCAUGAUCAACGAGUCAAAUGUGCAGAAGACUCGCUACGAGAUGGAAGAUGACCCGAAUGGUGGCAAGCGAAUCCGCGCCAUCAGCAAGAGUCGACGCAAUGCUGCCCAAAGAGAGCUCCGAGAGAAGGAGCGCCGCGAGAGGGAGAAACGAAGAGAGGAAGAUACUCGAGAGAGGGAAGCUAGAGAUCGCGAAACGCGAGAAAGAGAGCGGCAAGAACGUGAUCGAGACCCAGUUAGAGAACCUGUCCGCGAAGGGCACCGCCGCCGAGAUCAACCGGGAUGGUGGGACGAUGGCUGGCAGGAUGGUCCUACGUAUGAGCAGCAAGUCAAAGACGGCUUCUUGCCAGUAUACCAAGGCAACAAGUUAGUGGCAAUGGCCAAAGAGAACGAAACCGUGCGACCGGGGAGAAGGACAACACCUCAUGGUGCAAAGGGCUUUGACCCCAGCAAAGGAUUCGACGGAAAGGGGUUUGAUGGAAAAGGGUUUGAAACUAGAGGCUUCGAUGGAAAGGGCUUUGAAGGAAGAGGGUACGACAUGCACAAGGGCGAUGGAAAAGGUGAACGAAAAGGAAGAAGAGACGACAAAGGUAAGGGAAAGUUCGGAGACGAUGGGAAAGGCUUUCACCAUGCGGGCAAAGGUGAAGGCUACAAAGGCGACAGCUACAAGCCCGAGAGUUACAGAGUGGAGGAGAAGGAGGAAGAUGAGCGUGGUGAGGCCCUCAAAGACAGAUAUCGGGGUUCCAGGCAGCUUCGAUGGCGGGCCGUGAACGACAAAGACAUCAUCGUGCGUGUCGGCCUGGGAACGGAGACUGACAUCGUCGGCACGCUCAUGAGGAAUUCCCUAGUUGCCCAAGUAGGGGAGGACAAGAUGCUGAAGAAUGGCAUUGCCCGCAUGUUCAUCGAGUCCAUUGAUCCUAUCCCUGGGAUCAAGGGCUGGGUCACCAGGAGCGCCGAAGCUGCUGGCGGCCCGGUCUUUUUCAAGCCGGACCGCGGCGCAACCCAGGUAGUGCCAAGGGAGCGUGGCAAAGAUGGCAAAGGCAGCAAGGGUCACCAACAGUUUGGAGGAGAGAAGGGUGACAAAGGUGGAAAAGCUCUGGAUGGGAAGGGCAAAGCCAGAAGACCGAUAGGAGAAGGUGAAGGAGGCUACAGCAGGCCCCUACAACCAGGCCUUUAG